AUGGCAUUCGCUGCGAUCAAUUCCGCAGGCAAGCCCGUUACGGCUAUCGAGGAUGCCUUCGCGACCGAGCCCUCGCUCAAGAAACGAGUUUAUGAUGCGAUCGGGGCUACUCCGCAGCACACACCUCUCUUUGAAGAUCUCGCUCGAUAUACCUCCUCCCUGCUGGCCAGGACCGCAAAAACUGCUUCCCUCCCGCUCGUGCCGCCGCCCAGCGAGGGCCCAGCCGUGAAGAAACGCAAGAUACAAAAUGGGGAGUUAGGAGUAACGGCGCAGGCGCCAGCUGAUGUCAAGGGCGAUGCGCUCAUCCAGUUCUAUGUGGAGGAUGUCUCGUUUGCUAUACCGCAACGCAAGAAGCUCACGCUCGAGGUCACUGCCGGGAGCAAGUGCCUGCGUGCGAGGAACCAAACCACAAAGCAGGUGGAGUUUGGAAUUCCGAUGGACCGAAUUCGUCAUGCCCUGUGCCUCCCUGUGCCCGAGAAGACGCAGAAGCAGUUCAACUUUUGUAUCAUUCCCGAAUAUGCUGAUGGAGUUACGCCACCCCCCGAGGGAAUUACCACGUUUGAAUGUAUGGUCUUCACCGUACCCGAUGGCCCAGCCAAGGCUGCAUUCAACGGAUCAGGGCAGCAGAUUGGGAACAACACUGGCGAGACUGCCGAGGCGCUGAUCCGGAAGGUCUUGAACGAAAAUUUGACCACCACCAGUGUUGUGCGACCCGAUGAGAGGCAAUUCGUGAGCGCGAUGCCCGAGGCACAUCGAAAAUCCGAGAAAGCAUACCAUAUCAAGGCGUUCCGGGGCAGCAAGGAAGGUUACCUUUUCCUACUUUCAUCCGGCAUUCUCUUUGCGUUCAAGAAGCCCCUUCUAUUCUUCUCCUUCGACACCAUCGAGUCCGUAUCAUAUACCUCGGUCCUCCAGCGCACUUUUAAUCUGAACAUCCUAGCCCGUCCGAGCGGCGGCACUGAUGAUGAUACACAAGAGCUUGAAUUCUCAAUGAUCGACCAGGCCGACUUUGACGGGAUCGAUGCCUACAUCAAGCGCCAUGGUCUCCAAGAUGCCAGUCUGGCAGAGGCACGGCGAGCGAAGAAAUACAAUGUCAAUGGCGGGAACAAAACUGAAGAUGGCGCUGCUGGCGCCGAGGGGGCUGGUGAAGAAGAGAGUGAGCUGCAGAAAGCCCAGCAAGAGCUCGAAGAUCUGGAGGACGAGGAUGAAGAAGACUACGACCCGGGGAGCGAUGAUGGGAGCGAUGGCAGUGGUUCCAGCAGCGAGGAAGAUUCCGACGAGGACGAGUUCCAUGAGGAUGCCGACCAAGUUAGUGAUGGAGACGAGAAUCUGGUCGAACAGGAGCUGGGUAGUGAAGCCGAGGAUAUUGGCGACGACGAAUAG